CAAGGCGGUGCGGGGUGGACGCAUACGUGCACGCACGCGAGCGAGCGAGCAACAGAUCCCGGCGCAUGCGCACUUCAUUGUUUUGACUGAAAAUGCCGUCGGUUUCGAAAACGGCGGCCAACGCGUCUCCUCAAACCGAGAAACCGACCCACUAUACAUACUUGAAGGAGUUCAGGACGGAGCAGUGUCCGUUGUUCCUCCAGCACAAGUGCACGCAGCACCGGCCCUUCACGUGCUUCCACUGGCACUUUCUCAACCAGCGGCGGCGGCGACCCAUCCGCAGGAGGGACGGCACGUUCAACUACAGCCCCGACGUGUACUGCACGAAGUACGACGAGACCACCGGCAUCUGCCCCGAUGGAGACGACUGUCCAUAUUUGCACCGGACCACUGGUGACACAGAGCGCAAGUACCAUCUACGCUAUUACAAGACGGGCACUUGUAUCCACGAGACGGAUGCUCGGGGGCAUUGUGUGAAGAAUGGCCUCCACUGUGCUUUUGCUCACGGGCCACAUGAUCUCCGACCUCCGGUCUAUGAUAUCAGAGAAAUUCAAGCACAAGAGGCCCUUCAAAAUGGACAGCUGGGAUCUGGGGAAGGCAUCCCUGAUUUGCAACCUGGUGUAUUAGCCAGCCAGGCAAUGAUUGAGAAAACGCUGACCGAAGACCCUCGGUGGCAAGAUACCAACUUCGUUUUAGCCAAUUAUAAAACAGAUCAGUGCACAAAGCCCCCAAGACUAUGCAGACAGGGUUAUGCUUGCCCCCACUACCACAACAGUAGAGACCGAAGACGAAAUCCACGAAAGUUCAAAUACAGGUCAACUCCUUGCCCAAACGUGAAACAUGGGGAUGAAUGGGGCGAGCCCUCGAAGUGCGACAGUGGAGACAGUUGCCAGUAUUGUCACUCUCGCACCGAACAGCAGUUUCACCCAGAGAUCUACAAAUCUACCAAAUGCAAUGAUAUGCGACAAACUGGAUACUGCCCCAGGGGACCUUUUUGUGCAUUCGCACAUGUGGAAAGAAUUCCCUCCACAGAGGAGACCAUGAGCUCACUACUCACAGCGAUGCAGUCGAGUUCACAGUCCCAGCUCGGCUGUCCGCAGUAUCCGGAGUGUCCAGUCAGCGAGUGGAACAGUGGAGGAAGCUCCACCACCAGCGCAACCAGUAGCAACGGACAAGUAGGAAGUGUGUCAUGUUCUAAUAGCGGCACUGUAACGCCAAGCUCGGGAAGCUACAGUUUGUUAUCCCCAGUGGGAUCCAUCAACAGGCGCAAAUCCUUAACACACAAUAGUUUAUGUUCAGAGUCCACCACGUCCAGUAUCUCACCUCUGACGUCAAAAUAUCCUAGAGCUCUGGGCUUUGAACGUGAGGACCAGAUUAAGAACAAGGGGCAGGUGGACCACAAAUUGAUGGACCAAGAAAAACAGACACACAAUACUGUAUUCUCUGCGGUGAACCCCUUGGCAUCAAGCUUCACCUCCAGCAUAACGUCCAGCUUGGCCUCCAGUAUUGGCUCAGACAGCUCUUCACCCACCACCUUAUCAACCAUGAAUGCAAAAGCCACUCCUUUCUAUCCAGGGAGCAACACGGUGGAGUCCGUCAUCGGAUCUGCGCUGGAUCUCAACUUCAGUGACAUUAAUGUCGCGUCUCUCGAUAAGGAGUUCGAGGAGCAAGACAACAGUGUCGGGAUGGCGAAUCAAAGGGUACUCGUCGGAUCAGCUCCUGUUAACAUUCCCGGCUCCCUGGCACGAUCGUCCUCGUUUAAUUCUUCGUCAUCCCUCUCCACCUCCCCGCUGAGCUCCUUUUCCCAGUCCCUGUCGCAGUCCCUCCUGUCCGCGGGGGCAUCGCAGCAGAAUCAACAUUCAAACAUGUUGGCCAAACAAGAGCAUGGCCUCCUGGGAACGCCAACCUCCUCCUCCCAGAACUCUUUGGGCUUAAAUGGAGGAGCCAGCAACAUUUGGGACUUUGUCAGUGGCAGCUUCUCCCCGAGUCCGUCUCCAGUUUUCAGCAGCCUAACCUCCACGACCAGCGGCGCCGAUCUGACCCGCCUCUUCAGAGAGCUGGACGAUGCCAAGAGGAAGAUCAAACAAUGGGAGGAGGCCUGGCAUCAAGUCAAACAAGCCUGCGAAGCGUGCCAGAAAGAAGCCCGCGAAGCAAAGGAACAAGCGAAAGCGGCCGAGGCGGAACGGCAGUUGGCGGAACAGAAAUGGGAGGAAACGGAGCGCAAGCUGAAAGAGCUCCAAGGGGACUUUGAUGUGCUCUGUCGCAGCCCCGGGGCGCCUCUCCUGCGUAGCUACGGCGAGCUGGAGCAGCUCCCCUUGUCAAAGCUUCACUCCCUCCAGAGUCAGCUGCGUAAUGACCUAGACCUUAUAGACGGGGUAAUAUAUCAGCUUCAGUCAAAGAAAUGUAUAGUUUGCCAAAAGCAUGAUCGUUGCAUUGUCCUGCAGCCUUGCCAACAUUAUGUACUAUGUGAGAACUGUGCGCCUAGUAAAACAGAAUGUCCCUACUGUAGAACGAAAAUACUGAAGUGGUGAUAUACAACUACUGGAGGUACUAUUUAAAAAGAAUUAGCCCUUUUGAAAAACUACUAAUAGAUAUUACAGUACACUUUCUAAAUAGCAAUUUCUGUUUCAUACAGUGAUUUAAUUCAUUUAGAAACAACAAUGAUGUUUGACUGACGUAACAAAUGGUAUUUGAGAUCAGAUCCUUUACAGGGUAAUUCAAUCGGUGUAGCCUUUUGCUCAUUUUAUGUGACGACCAGUUAGCGUUCUCUUUCGGAAACCCAUGCACUCGAAUGAGAAAAUUAAAUUACCUUGCAGUGCCCUUUCUCAAAUCCUCUGUCAUGACAUAGACACUCUAAAGGACAAAAAUCUUGAGCCCAGAUUGUUUUACAUUUGGUUUCCACUGUACUAUAAAUACAUUUUGACCAAACACAAAACACAUUGCUGACCUGACAUGCUCUUAAAGUGAAUUACUAAUAAAUAAAAUGCAAACAGGACCAAUACACUUAAACGCUUAAUACAAAAAUGCAUUGAUGAUUGUGAGUUUGUACUUCUGGUGUCUUGUUGUUUAUAGAUUGUUAAUGCACUUAAAACACUUUCAGACAAAUCCAGUGCAAAUGUGUAUGAAGCCAAUAAAAGGUUUUAAUAAAUAUGUUCAAUACAGAUUCUUUGAAAACUUAGAUUUUACAUGAAAAUGGAUAUAGCAGAGUUUUAAAAUGCAUAUUUAAAAAAAUAUAUACAUAUCUGACUGUCACAUGUUGGAAUAUCUUAAGUUCAUUCUGAGAGGAAAAAGUUACAAAUUCCUAAUUCAAUUUUUGUCCUCUGUGGGUCAAUGGAUCAGAUUUGACAGAAUCGCAGAUAAAAACAAUUGCCAUGAUAACUGGUCCAAUUUCAGGUUAGGAUCUCGACUGCAAGGAAAUCAUAAUGUAAAUAAUAGAAACUUUCUGAAAGGAAACAGUGAGUUCACUGGUAAGCUAGUCCGGUGAUGUUCUGCAUUAAAUGGAAAAACCCCAAAAUAAAAACUAACAGUUGUCUAACAGUAGAGACUUGAUAUGCAGAUUUGUAAAGUGUAAUCAGUGCUGAACAAAGACCCUUGUCUAUGAAUCAGCAGCAGUGACUUAGAUCAAUAACCAAGUAAACAGCAACUCGUGCUCGUCCUAUUUUAAGCAAAGCCGCGUUUUGUUAGACCCCUAAUUUUUCAUGAACAUUUGAAGGGGCAGUAAGCGAUUUCGGAGAGAGCUCGUAUCGCUAUAUUGUUGUUGUUUUUUGGACACUCGCACAGAACCAACAGCUCGCGGACUGCGAGGAAAUAUUCGCAGAUUUUUUUUUGCAAAACAUAUAUUGCUUUAGAAUCGCUCACUGCCCCUUGAAUGCGACCAGUCAAACAUCAUUAUUUCUGACCAACUUUCUGAAGAAGUUUGAUUUCUUAUUAAAAGCACUUUGUUGACCUGGGACUUUAUUAAAGGGUAUAUAGAAUUUUUGCUUUAAGCUGCUUUGUAGGUUUUUCGUGUCUUUUUUGUUUGUUUGUUUGUUUUAUACUUUUUUUCUAUAUAAGCUAAUGUCUGAAGCAACGUCUGCGUGUGUACUGUGAAACAUCAUUUGAAUAUUUCAUGUUUCCUAUUGUUAUAUCAUGGCAUGGUUCUACAUAUUACUAAGAUUUCGUAGGAAAAAAGUACUUAAUAGUUUCUACUUUUCAUAGUUAGAUUUAUAAAAAAAAAAUCAAUCAAAUAAGUGCAAAUUUAAAAAUGCAUUUCUAGGCAUAACCAGCAGCUGUAAUAUCAAUAAGGCACAAUGCUACAUGUUAAGGCUGUUAUUCAAUCAGUUAGUUUUGUUUUGUAGACAUAUAUAUAUAUAUAUAUAUAUAUAUAUAUAUAUAUAUAUAUAUAUAUAUACAUACAUAUAUAUACAUAUAUAUAUACAUAUAUAUACAUAUAUAUAUAUAUAUAUAUAUAUAUAUAUAUAUUUAGCCUAGCUGUUAGAGAAGCAUGUAUUGUAAUUGCUAAAAGCCUGAGAUGAAGAUUUUUGUAGGAAUCUAGCCUCUCGACUUUGUCUAGAACAUAUCGGCCUCUAACUCUAAAGUGCCUUGCCUCGGUUGAAAAAGGAAAAUGUAUCGAAUUUUCAGAGCAAACGCAAGUCAGUUGAAGCUUGUGCGCAGGUUUCUACAAAAUUUGUCGUUUAACAUUUGCAGAAGCAGUGAAAUGUGUAUGACUAUAUGUGUAUGUAUAUAUAUAUGUAUACAUAUAAACAUACGCCAGUGUAAUUGGCCAAUCCCAAAUAAUUGAGAACAAACGUUGUCAGUACCGGUGUCCUGACUUCAAUUUAAAAUAUAUAUAUAUAUAUAUCAACUUGCCUUCCUUCUCCCUCCCUCGCUCCCUCCUUGCCCCCCACUCAUUCCUAGGUCGUGGUGCUCUUUCGAUGCAGCUUCAGUCUUUUUGAAAUUAGGUUUUUUCAAUUUAAAGUUUUUGGGAGUAUGCAAACGUAGAACACGUGACAUUGUAUUGCAACACAUACAAAAUGCUUGUUAAACCUGUCGGGUAACUUGCAUUUAGAUUUACUGUAAUAAUUCUGCAGCGAAUGAAGAAUUCUGUCGUUGACGUGUAAGUUUUGAUUUUUUGCAUAUAGGAUUUGUGCUUAGGUUCGUCUAAUUGAAAUGACCUUCUACUGUGUUUAGAAAAAAAAUCUUUUUAUUCUUGCUUUAAAUUCAAUAGAAAAUCAUUUAUUUCCAGGUACACCUUUUGCUACUUAUGAAUAUGGGAAAAAUACAUUGUUUACAUUAACAUAAAUGAAAAUUUAAGCAACUCAGAGGAAAAAUUGUCGAGAGAAAGGUUAUGGUAUUUUAGCAUUUUCAUGAUAAUAUUUCAGCAUAAAAAGGCAGGCUAAACACUUCUGGUAUUGCAUGUUAUGCGAUAUAUUAACCAGCUACAAAAAGAAAAAGUAAAAAAAAAGUCUGCACUGUGUCACACUGCCAUAAUAUUUGUAAUGACUUAUUUUUAGUGUAGUAAAAAGGCUUAAUAAGUUAUGUGAGCUUCGCUGCUACUGGAAAAGGUAUUAAUGUAAUUUUCUAGUUACACAUCUAGAUGUUUGAAUGUUAUUGUGCAUCAACAGGUCAGAUUUCAGAAACUAUAAAAAUAAUCUGUCUUCUGCAUUUAAUUGACUCAAACCUUAUUAGAUUUAAAUUUGUUCCCAUUUGUAAAAUCCAUUUAAGUCAAAGUUUCAGUUCUUUUUUAAAUGACUUAGAAUGAUGUCACAUACCUCUACUCUACUGUAGAUUGUCCCUUUUUUUGUUUUUUAAUUGAUUGAUGGUAAAUGUAUUUUUGUUGGAUUUGUCCCCUGCAUACACUGGUGUACGGUGCAGCUCAUUUCACAGGGUCCCCUCUGGUCUUUUUUGUUUUAACCUGUGAAUUCGACUAAAUUAAUGAUGUCUUGUGUGAAAAAUCCAAAAAUGAACCAAAGUGGUGUUCGAGUAGCUGUCCAAAAAGGGAAAAAAAGUCCUUGAAACAGAAUUUCAAAUAAUUGCUAUGGAAUUGGUGGUUGUGAACAAGUUUUUUUUUUUUAAAAGGCAGGUCAGAGCACCGAGAUUAUGCAGAUGAAAAUGAGUGUCGUAUUGAGAGUGGCAGGGAUUCUGUAUUUUUGCUUUAAUAUUUCAUUCAGUAGGACAGAAUAUCCUCUUGCCAAUGGGUUUUACUUACAACAUUAAUGGAUUUAAAGCCCAAUUUUGCAGUUUUUACCAAAGACCUUUACUAUCGUUAUUUCAUUAUUUUUUUCUUACUACAUUACAUCGUUACUUUUAUUUCAGUAAGAAACCUAAAAUUAGAUUUUUUUUUAUCACCUAGUACCUUAAAUAGAUGUGUGGUUCCUUAACAGUAAUUAAUGGCAUUGUUUUUCUAUCUUAUGUUAGCUCCAGUGAGUUGAUACACACAUAAGAUCAAAAAUGCAUGGGUCAGAUCCUCACAAACAUGUGUAUUAUUUGUACAUUUCUGUUUUUGUGUUGAGUAUACAUCGACGUUUAUGGCAGACUUGUGCAACAGCGGCUCGCACACAUUGCUGACCUGAAGCGGGGACUCGGUGUUCGUUUAAUCGUUGUCUACAGUGAAGGAAUGUCGAAGGGGUGAAUGACAUUUGUGCUUCUGAAGUGGCCAUACGAGCUUCAGUACUGCACCGUUCUGAAGUUCAAUCUGUCUGACUUUGCUUAACUAGAUAAUCUCAAUCACUUUUGGAAGUUGACGUUUAUGCAUUAUACGGUGUUAUGAUAGGCCCGACUGUAAGGUGCUUUCUUUUUACCUGACUUAUUUUCUUCUUUUUUUUUUCCAUUGCUGAAAAUUGUGGUCCAAUUUGUUUUUGUUUUUUUGGAGAGUUUAUGAUUGUGGAAAAGUCAUCAAUGGCAGAUACAGACAUAAUUAAAUUUGAAUGAAUUGUUCUCAUGAAAAUAUGUUGUUGGCCCCUUGAUCUCUUAAAGUGGUCUACUUACCCCAAAUCAAGUUUUCCAAAAGAAAAAGAAACUAAACAUCCACUUGGUUUAGCACAGCUUACACUUCUUUGCAUUGUUCAGAUUCGUUAAAUUUAUGUCCAAAGGACCAAUUACACUUUGAAGUACAUCUGUGCCUUUUUCAAUAAUCACACAAUGUCAAUUGGUAACGAGAACAUUUCUCUGAGACGCCAUUUUGUUCUCGCUCAGAUGAUAAAACACAACAUGUUCGAUUGGAAUCAAAAUUUCAGUGCCUUACAACGUUUUUUUGUGGACCACAUUGUGAUUGCUAAGUGAUCUUCUGCAUUCGGGCCACUUUAAUUGACUGAUAAUUCUCUAUCUCAGUCUGUAUUUGCCAUAAGAUUUAAGAAAAUGUAGCAAUACAUAACCACUGAGUACAACGUUUUGAUAUCAAUUAGCUAUUUGGCACCAAAAAACCCCAACUCAAUUGUUAGUGAGAAAAGCACCAAAUAGGAAGAAUCUUGUAAAUGAACUGUAAUAGAUGUAUCAUUAUGCUCUGCGUUGGAAUAGUUGAAUCUAUUUUGCAUUAUUGUUAGUUGUUGUUGUCGUCUUUUUUUCUUUCUUUUUUAAUACUUACGAAAAUGGAGCCUGAAGAUUUAUGCAAUCUUGUACAUGUAUAUGAGUUUGAUGUUAUGAAGCUGUUCAAAUUAAGGAAAAUACUAAAUGAUCUGACUGUGGAACCAGUCGUUCCAUAUACGUUUCAGAUAAUUUCAUUAGAAAUGUUAUUUUAACUUUUGAAGCCCUGAAAUAUUGAAUGUAUUGUUCUAAAUUAGAUAUUCAAUGAGUGGGUUACUGGAUAUUACGGAGCACAGUUAAUUCAUUAUGAUGUAGCAUCUAGUUGUGAACUGCUAUUCAAUAAAAUUUAUUAGAACUAAAACGAAUGCAAGUUUUCUAUCUGUCAGCACAAUGAGGAAAUAUAAGGAAAGAAAUGUAUUUUUCUCAGGGCGAUGCGGUGAUUUAUUAGAAAAAUGUGUUAUAUGCGAGGAAACUGCAUUUCAUGGGUUUAUUAAUGUCAGUGGGUUUAGACAUAAUUUAUAGAUAGAUUAAGAAAUAAGUCCCUUAUUUUGUGACAAAGCUAUAUGAAUAUGUAGGAAAUUCUCUACUGAAAAUCGUAGAAAUGAUUCUGUUGGUAUAUUGAUUUUUUUGUGUGUGUUGUGAACACAAAAAUCGGUGCAAGUCUUAUAGAAUACUAGAUUUUUCUUUUGUACAUUAAGGAUUGUCUACUGCAUACUUUCUGUAGUGUAUUACUAGUUUGUUAACACUUGUUAAAUCUGUUACACUACAGUUAUGCAAUGGUUUACAGAGUUCACAGAAUUAUUUUUAUCAUCUUGAAAAUUAAAAUAAUUUUUCAUCCAAA